UAGCGAUCUUUCCAGUCGCAUGCUGAAGUUGGAAACAGAUCAUGUCUUCUGAACCUACUGAAUACAACAGCUCUAGAGAGAAUGCCGGGCCGGAUUCCAUGGAGCCUGAUGGCGUCAUCGAGAGCAACUGGACCGAGAUUACGGACAACUUCGAUGAUAUGAGCCUGAAAGAGACUCUUCUAAGGGGAAUCUAUGCGUACGGUUUUGAAAAACCAUCUGCCAUUCAACAGAGGGCGAUCAUCCCUUGCAUCAAAGGCUUCGAUGUCAUUGCCCAAGCCCAGUCCGGUACUGGCAAGACGGCCACGUUUGCCAUCUCUAUCCUGCAGCAUUUGGACAUUGAGCAGAAGGAGACACAGGCUCUGGUGUUGGCUCCCACUAGAGAGCUGGCUCAGCAGAUUCAGAAAGUAAUUCUGGCUCUGGGUGACUACUUGGGGGCAUCCUGCCAUGCUUGCAUCGGAGGGACCAAUGUCCGUACCGAGAUACAGAAGCUCGAGUCUGAGGCCCCUCACAUAGUGGUGGGCACACCAGGGCGUGUGUUCGACAUGCUUAACAGGAGACAUCUUUCCCCAAAAUAUAUCAAGAUGUUUGUUUUGGAUGAGGCUGAUGAGAUGUUGAGCCGAGGGUUCAAAGACCAGAUCUAUGAGAUCUUCCAGAAACUGAGCACAAACAUUCAGGUGGUUCUGCUCUCUGCCACGAUGCCAUUAGAUGUGUUGGAGGUGACAAAGAAGUUCAUGCGAGAACCCAUUCGCAUCUUGGUGAAGAAAGAAGAGCUUACCCUCGAGGGUAUCAAGCAAUUCUACAUAAAUGUGGAGCGAGAGGAGUGGAAGCUGGACACCCUGUGUGAUCUGUACGAGACUCUCACCAUCACUCAGGCUGUCAUUUUCCUCAACACAAGGAGAAAAGUCGACUGGUUGACUGAGAAGAUGCACGCUAGAGACUUCACUGUCUCCGCCCUGCAUGGUGACAUGGACCAAAAGGAGCGUGACGUCAUUAUGAGGGAGUUCAGAUCUGGCUCAAGCAGAGUGCUGAUCACAACUGAUCUUCUGGCUCGUGGGAUUGAUGUCCAGCAGGUUUCCUUGGUCAUUAACUAUGACCUUCCUACAAACCGAGAGAACUACAUUCAUAGAAUUGGUCGUGGCGGCCGUUUUGGCAGAAAAGGAGUUGCUAUCAACUUCGUCACUGAGGAAGACAAGAGGAUUCUUCGGGACAUCGAGACGUUUUACAAUACAACCGUGGAGGAGAUGCCAAUGAAUGUGGCCGACCUGAUUUGAGCCCCGAGAUCUUCCGUUUUGUUUUUUUAACGCGGGGAUAGCGGUCGUUCCACUUGCAUUGUGCUUAUAUUAUUCCAGGGGGAAAACUUGUUGAUGCUAAACCUUGGGAUCAGAAUUGUGGUGUGUGUUAAAAGCGAGUUGACUUCUAUGGUGGAUCUUCUCUGACAGUUGUAGAUUCUAACCUUGACGGAUGGCUGGUUGGAGCGACAAAGCUAUGGGGUCUGAAAACAUUAUGGUUCUUUUGAGGUAUUUCUUUCCAUGUUCAUUUAAGAUGCGUGUUAUAGAUGUUCUCCACCAUUUAGUAACUUACUUGUGGACUAAAAGGUAUAAGUGCUGCAUAAAGUCAGCAAAUUAUCUUAUGCUAACUUAUAUGCGGUGUAUCAUAGGCCUGCUUAAACAGAGGCACUUGUUAUAGUAUAGAUUCCCUUGCUUUUUGUUAUCUUUUGUGACUGCUAAUUUUAAUGUUUGUUUUUUUUGUUCAACUUCACAAUUCCUCACUGGUUAGCCAUAUUUUGCUGACUCGGUUUUACCCUUUCCAGAGUAUAUUGCUUCAGCUCCUUGACUACUUUUCAGAUUUCCUUCUCCCUAGAAGUUUAGGAAUGUCUUAAUAAACUGAAAUUGCUAUAAAGAAA